CCGCAUUUAGCUUAAUACAAGUCGGGAGAAAAGCGCGCGGGUUGAGAGAGUUGAAUUAAUAAGGUAUUUUUAUUCUUCUGCUUUUAUCGCAGGCAGUAAGUAUAAUAUAAAAGCGCAAUUGAUUUACGGAAAGUACUUCGAAUAAAGUGUCGUUUGACUGUCAAUUGCUCCAAUCUCAAUACGGGCUACUUUUCAAUCUCGCAAAAGUUACAUACUCGUACAUACCUUAUAAAGCCGAAACCCAGAAAGUUUUCUUAAACUAAGCCAUGACCAAUCUAUGGAAGGCAUUGACACGUCGCAAGACGGAGGACGUAAACGAAGGGGAGUCUCAGCUGGCGCGAGUCCUGAACCUCUUUGAUCUAACGGCACUGGGAGUGGGCAGUACUCUUGGACUAGGCGUCUAUGUUCUGGCCGGCCAGGUUGCCUAUAACAUUGCUGGACCAGCGGUAACCAUUUCCUUCCUGAUUGCGGCCAUCGCGUCUGCGUUCGCUGGCAUCUGCUAUGCGGAGUUUGCCGCUCGUGUGCCGAAGGCGGGAAGUGCUUAUGUAUACAGUUACGUAACCAUUGGAGAAUUCGUGGCCUUCACCAUAGGAUGGAACCUGAUUCUUGAGUAUGUGAUUGGCACGGCUUCAGUGGCGCGCGGUCUUAGCGGCUACUUCGACUCACUGAUCGACAAUAACAUGUCGAAGGCACUGAACGAAUCUAUGCACAUCGACGUGGAUUUCCUGGGCGACUAUCCGGAUUUCCUGUCCUUCGGCAUGGUGCUGUUGCUGGCGGCUAUUUUGGCCUUUGGCGCCAAGGAGUCCAGCUUUCUGAACAACAUCUUCACCACUGUCAACUUAGUAACGAUUGCCAUUGUCCUUGUGGCCGGAGGCAUGAAUGCCAACGCCGACAACUGGCGCAUCCCGGAAACGGAGGUUCCCGAGGGUUUCGGCACUGGUGGCUUCAUGCCAUUUGGUAUUGCCGGAGUAAUGGCUGGAGCGGCCAAGUGCUUCUAUGGUUUUGUGGGAUUUGACUGCAUUGCCACCACAGGUGAAGAGGCCAUUAAUCCGAAACGGAAUAUUCCGCUCUCAAUCGUGGUCUCACUGAUCAUUAUCUUCCUGUCCUACUUUGGCGUGUCAACGGUGCUGACAAUGAUGCUACCCUACUAUCUGCAGGACAAGGACGCUCCCUUUCCACACGCCUUCGAUGCCGUUGAAUGGUACACCAUUAAAUGGAUUGUUACUAUUGGAGCAGUGUUCGCGCUCUGCACCAGUUUGUUGGGCGCCAUGUUCCCACUGCCCCGAAUCCUUUACGCUAUGGGAAAGGAUGGCAUCCUGUUCAAAAAAUUGUCCACGGUCCACAGCUACACAAAGACCCCACUUCUGGCCACAAUUGUAUCCGGCAUUUUUGCAUCAAUUAUGGCCCUCCUCUUCAACUUGGACCAGCUGGUGGACAUGAUGUCCAUCGGUACACUGCUCGCUUACACCAUCGUGGCCAUUUGCGUGCUUGUGCUGCGCUACCAGGACGAGGAGAUGACCAAGCUGGUGUCUGUAAAGGCUCCCAACGUGUUCAAGCAAUUCGUUAAUGGUAACUCCUUUCGGGAGCCCAACUCUAUGACCUCGGCCAUCACCAAAGUGGGCAUCGUGGUGUUUGCCAUCUUCUGCCUAGUGUGGUGCUCGUUCCAGAAGGUGUUCGACCUAGAUAGCACUGGCGGGAUCGUAGCCCUUAGCGUGGUAGGCUUUGUACUGAUCCUAAUCUGCGUGGUGAUCGGCAUGCAGCCGGUAUCGACCAUCGAGCUCACAUUCAAGGUGCCACUGGUGCCGUUUGUUCCCUGCCUUAGUGUCUUUGCGAAUCUGUACUUGAUGUUCCAGCUGGACCUGAACACCUGGAUUCGCUUCCUCAUCUGGAUAGUGAUCGGCUACGUGAUCUACUUUUGUUACGGCAUGCGCAAUUCUACGCAGAUAGCCAGGUCUCGCAACAAUGCUGAGGGGGUUGCCAAUGCGAUGCAGAACCAGGGUCAGCACGAGAACCCUGCCUUCGAACCGGACUUCAAGGUAGACAACGGCCGUCAGCCACCACCUUAUGAGUUCUCCGAGAAGUUGUAAGGGCCAACAGCAUUUUAGCCAAGUAUUAUAACCCCAUUCGUAUUCCUCUUACUUGAACUUCAUCCGAUUUUACAUCCUCCUCUGAAUAGAACAACGACUCCUCUGCCUUCUUAGCUAACACGUUUAUGUGAGAGAGAUGAAUAGAUUGCGCAUGGAAAUUAAAUGGAUACCGCACUGCCUGCCCUUAUUGCGGACGUGCGGAUCUGUUAUUUCUCUGCGCCUCAGGACUUCUAGAGAGAGCUCAGAACAGACUCUAUUUUAACUUUUCACCCUUCUACCCACCAUUUUACCCAACGUCGUACCGAUUUUAAAUCACCGCAAACGAUUCAGACACAAUGCCCAAAUUGUUGUGAUAUUUGUAAAUAUACUAUAUAUAGAGUAAUAAUGAUCACAUAUUUGUAUAUUUGUCACAAUUACUGUCGUUAUGUAAAUGCAAUUGUAUCAUAAUAUUGUAUGUCAUCGCAGAUAGGCGGGCAACCCGCACAACCGUUGUCGCACAUAGUGUUUAAGCCUUUUAGCUGCUAAGCUUCCAACAUUAUUAUGUUAAUAUAAGUCAAAACAGAAACGAAUUUGUCCCUUUCCUGUUUAUUAAAAAUGCAAUGAUGUUCAACAUAA